UUAAAUGAAUGAAUCAAACAAAUAAAAAAUCUAUGGUUCUCCCUCUCUCUUGGCGUCGCCAUCUUUAUGGUCGUGGUACAUUUAGUUAAAAACAAGCCCUGAAUAUCUAUACGAAACGCAGAGAAAAUUAAAAUUGUUAGAGAGACCAACUUAGGAUGUCAGAACCGAGAGGUAGAGGACGAGCUCGAGGACGCGCUGGUCGUGGUGGUGAUGGAGGCGGACCAGCACCACGACGUCCAGGGGAACAAGCAGGCCCAUCACAACAAUCUAUGCCACCUGGUCCUAGACCUCAACCUCCAUCUGGCUGGGGACCACAAUCCAGUGUUCCUCCAGUAAGAGCUGGUGUCCCGACACCAACAGCACAAGCGGGUCGCGCCUCACACCGUGUUACUCCCACUACACAUGAACAUCCAGGAGAUAUCGAUGUGCAACAACGCAUGCAAAAAUUAGAACUGGGACCCCAUUCAUCUGGAGGUGGUGAUGCAUCAUCCGUAGUUGGCCGUGGCUCUCGACGAGGGGGUGGAAGAGUCCUUCCUGAAACUAUUUCCAUCUUGCGCACACGUCCAGAAGCUGUAACAUCUAAGAAAGGUACUUCGGGUACUCCCCUGGAUCUGCUUGCCAACUAUUUUACUGUUGAAACAACUCCCAAAUGGGGCCUGUAUCAAUAUCACGUCGAUAUUUCUCCAGAAGAAGACAGCACUGGAGUCCGAAAGGCACUGAUGCGUGUUCACAGCAAAACACUCGGAGGAUAUCUCUUUGAUGGCACUGUGUUGUACACUGUAAAUCGUCUGCAUCCUGAUCCGAUGGAGCUAUAUUCUGAUCGUAAAACGGAUAACGAACGUAUGCGAAUCUUAAUUAAGCUGACCUGCGAAGUUAGCCCUGGAGACUAUCACUAUAUACAAAUCUUUAACAUCAUUAUAAGGAAAUGCUUUAAUUUAUUGAAGCUACAGCUUAUGGGACGGGAUUAUUUUGACCCUGAAGCAAAGAUUGAUAUACCAGAAUUCAAGCUUCAAAUUUGGCCAGGAUAUAAAACGACAAUCAAUCAAUAUGAAGAUCGUUUGUUGUUGGUCACUGAAAUCGCCCAUAAGGUGCUUCGCAUGGACACUGUUCUUCAAAUGUUGAGUGAAUAUGCCGCAACAAAAGGCAAUAAUUACAAAAAAAUAUUUUUAGAAGAUGUUGUUGGAAAAAUUGUAAUGACUGACUACAAUAAAAGAACUUACAGAGUUGACGAUGUAGCUUGGAAUGUGUCGCCGAAGUCCACAUUUAAAAUGCGUGACGAAAACAUUACCUAUAUUGAAUACUAUUAUAAGAAAUACAAUCUACGCAUUCAAGAUCCGGGUCAACCGCUUCUGAUUUCGCGGUCGAAGCCGCGUGAGAUUCGUGCGGGUCUGCCUGAGUUGAUAUAUCUAGUGCCAGAACUGUGCCGUCAGACCGGCCUCUCCGACGAGAUGCGAGCUAAUUUCAAGCUGAUGCGCUCAUUGGACGUCCAUACAAAGAUUGGGCCCGACAAGCGCAUUGAAAAGCUUAAUAAUUUCAACAGGAGAUUCACAAGCACACCUGAAGUUGUUGAAGAACUGGCAACAUGGUCGUUGAAACUAUCUAAGGAACUGGUAAAAAUAAAGGGUCGCCAACUUCCACCUGAAAAUAUAAUACAAGCAAAUAAUGUUAAAUACCCUGCAGGAGACACCACCGAGGGCUGGACGCGAGAUAUGAGAUCGAAGCAUCUCCUGGCUAUUGCCCAACUAAACUCUUGGGUAGUGAUCACCCCAGAAAGACAACGCCGUGAUACAGAGUCGUUCAUUGAUCUCAUAAUAAAAACUGGCGGAGGUGUUGGUUUUCGAAUGAGAAGCCCUGACUUAGUUGUGAUUCGUCAUGACGGUCCGAUAGAAUACGCUAAUAUGUGUGAAGAAGUGAUUGCAAGGAAAAAUCCUGCCCUGAUACUGUGCGUUCUGGCUAGGAAUUAUGCUGAUAGGUAUGAAGCCAUAAAAAAGAAAUGCACUGUAGACCGAGCCGUGCCGACGCAGGUAGUCUGCGCUCGUAACAUGAGUAGCAAGUCGGCUAUGUCAAUUGCUACAAAAGUUGCUAUUCAAAUAAACUGUAAGCUUGGGGGUUCUCCGUGGACAGUAGAUAUCCCACUGCCGUCACUGAUGGUGGUCGGGUACGACGUGUGCCACGACACUCGUUCGAAAGAAAAGAGCUUCGGGGCCUUCGUAGCCACCCUCGACAAACAGAUGACUCAGUACUAUUCAAUCGUCAAUGCGCACACUUCCGGAGAAGAACUCAGCUCUCACAUGGGUUUCAAUAUCGCGUCCGCUGUCAAAAAAUUCCGCGAGAAAAACGGGACCUACCCAGCCCGAAUCUUCAUUUACCGCGACGGUGUCGGUGAUGGUCAAAUCCCAUACGUGCAUAGCCAUGAAGUUGCUGAGAUAAAAAAGAAAUUGGCAGAAAUUUAUGCAGGAGUCGAAAUAAAGUUGGCAUUCAUUAUUGUGUCGAAACGUAUUAACACCCGAAUCUUCGUUCAACGUGGUCGCAGCGGAGAAAAUCCACGCCCUGGCACAGUGAUUGACGACGUCGUCACCUUGCCUGAACGGUAUGAUUUCUAUCUGGUUUCACAAAAUGUACGUGAAGGUACCAUUGCUCCUACCUCAUACAAUGUGAUUGAAGAUACAACAGGACUCAAUCCUGAUCGUAUCCAACGUUUGACCUACAAACUGACACACUUGUAUUUCAACUGCUCUUCCCAAGUUCGCGUCCCAUCGGUCUGCCAAUAUGCCCACAAACUUGCAUUCCUUGCAGCUAACAGUCUGCACAACCAACCGCAUUAUUCAUUGAAUGAAACUUUAUAUUUCCUCUAAGUAUUUUUAAAGACAACCUAUUUUUUUCUAGAUUAAGUAAGUGUACCCACCGAGAAACUAUUUUCGAUGUGCAUAACCAUACAAAUCAUAGAACUCUAUUAGAAAUAGUUCGCAAUCAUAACGUGAGCUUAAUAUUGCUCAAAGUAAUUCAUUUCAUAGUUUUUUAAAAGAUAUAUUAAAUAAGACUCAUUCUCUUGGACGUUUUUGAUGUAUGAUUAGUGUGGCAUAGCAAGAAGCAGCUAAUGCGCGUAGUAGUAGUACAUGUGACCUAGACUCGUUUUUACGAUAAUUAAAAUGUAAUGAGUGUUCUAGUUGUUUACUACAUAAGAUUCAUUUUAUAUUUGAUUGACAAUUGUCAAAUUUUUCUUUUUAUUUUGGCUACAAUGAUGUUGAGUGGAAAUGCAAACGAAUAAUUAUUAAAUUACAAGUUAUUCAAAUUGAAUCAAGUGCAUUCUUCCACGCUACAAGCAGUGAUCUGAAAUCUAGCCAACGUAUAAUUAGUUUUUUUUUUUUUUUGCUCUGUUACUUAAGGCUUUUAUAUCAACGAUGUUACCUCGUUUUAGUUCUAAGUUUCGUGAUAAGUUUUGACUUACAUGCAACAUGUAGCUUUUAGAAAAGAUUUUUGUUUUUCAUGUUUUUUUUUAUUACAAUUUCAUUUUUAUUAAUAUAAAA